GAACAGGGCAAACCUUUCAAGCUGCAUAAAGAGGCUUGUUUUGCUUCACUAGCAAGGAGAGGUGACUUCCAGAUGGAGAGAAAAGUUUGAAUGAUAGGAACUCUCAGAAGUGCAGGAGGAAGAAGGCAGCAUGCUGUCUGCCAUGUUAAAUAAGAUAGGCUAUAGGUUGGCUGCAUGUGCUGUUCGUAGUCUUUUAUCAGUAGUCUGCUCAUUAAGAAUGUUCUUUCAGGAUGUAUACCUUUUUAUUCAGUACACUGGACUGUGGAUUCUCUUUGACUGAAGAUUGUAUCUGGAAAGAGAUCUGUGGUCCCUGAAAAAUAAUCCUAUGUCUCUCAGUAAAAAAGAGACUGGCUUUCUCCCUACUCUUUAAAGGAUCUGCUGAUGAGAAGCUUCUUUUGUAUGGGACUCUUCCCAUCUACCUCUUAAGCAUUUUUAGCUUAGUGCAUUUGGUGGGCUGUGUCAAACUGACUUUCAAUAUCCUGUUCAAAGAGUGCCAAUAAUUUUGUCCUAGAGACCACAGUACUUAUUAGGUUGUUGGAAGAUUAAAAACAAUACUCAUCCAUAUUAUUCUGUUAAUGGUUGAACAAACUCUGAAUGUAAGGAGGCUUUUGUGUUUUGUUUCAGCUGGUGUUGGCUUUCUGACAGUGUCCAGUGUCAUCACCAUGUCAGCUCCUUUCUUCUUGGGGAAAGUGAUUGAUGCCAUUUAUACAAAUCCCAGUGAAGACUUCACCAACAGCCUGACCAGCCUCUGUGCUUUGCUGAGUGGGCUCUUUUUGUGUGGUGCUGCUGCAAAUGCCACUCGUGUCUACCUCAUGCAAACUGCAGGACAAAGAAUUGUGAAACAAUUGAGACAAAAUAUCUUUUCCUCUAUUCUGAAGCAAGAAGUUGCUUUUUUUGAUAAGACCAGCACAGGAGAACUGAUAAACCGCCUAUCUUCAGACACGGCAUUGUUGGGCCGUUCCGUGACUGAAAACCUUUCUGAUGGGCUCAGAGCAGGAGCUCAGGCUUCAGUAGGGGUUGGCAUGAUGGUUUUUGUCUCUCCCAAACUUGCCAUGUUUGUUCUGAGUAUUGUGCCCCCUCUGGUUAUCCUAGGUAUGGCUUAUUCAAAAUAUCUACGAAAGGUUACUAGAAUGACCCAGGAUUCCCUUGCAGAAGCAACACAGUUAGCCGAAGAUCGCAUUGGAAACGUAAGAACAGUUCGAGCAUUUGGGCAAGAGAUGAAUGAAAUGAAGAAAUAUGCAGACAAAGUUGGCUAUGUGCUGCAGCUAGCCAAAAAAGAGGCACUAGCUUCUGCAGGUUUCUUUGGAGCUACUGGGCUUUCUGGGAACUUGUUUGUCCUCUCUGUUCUGUACAAAGGAGGAUUACUCAUGAGCAGUGCCCAAAUGACAGUUGGUGAACUCUCUUCCUUCCUGAUGUAUGCCUUCUGGGUUGGAGUAAGCAUUAGAGGUAUGAGCUCUUUCUUUUCUGAGCUAACAAAAGGAUUAGGUGCUGGAGGACGCCUGUGGGAACUUCUUGAAAGGAAGCCAGAACUUCCAUUUAAUGCUGGUGUUGUGUUGGAUGAAGACCAUUUCAGAGGGACUUUGGAAUUCAGAAAGAUCCAUUUUGCAUAUCCGGCACGUCCAGAAGUUUCAAUUUUUCAAGACUUCAGUCUUUCCAUUCCAGCUGGCUCUGUCAUGGCAGUGGUUGGCCCAAGUGGCUCAGGCAAAUCAACUAUUGUAUCACUUUUGCUGAGGCUGUAUGAUCCCAUCUCGGGUGCCAUCACUGUUGAUGGUUUUGAUAUCCGUCAACUAAACCCACUGUGGUUCAGAACUAAAAUUGGAACAGUAAGUCAGGAACCAAUUCUGUUCUCCUGUUCUAUUGCUGAAAAUAUUGCCUAUGGUGCAGAGGAUCCUUCUGCUGUAACUGCUGAAGAAAUCCAGAGGGUUGCUGAAGUAGCUAAUGCUGCUAAUUUUAUCAGAUCCUUUCCAAAAGGAUAUGACACUGUAGUUGGAGAAAAAGGUGUUUUACUUUCAGGAGGACAGAAACAACGAAUUGCAAUUGCUCGAGCUUUGCUUAAGAAUCCCAAAAUCCUACUGCUAGAUGAAGCAACAAGUGCUUUGGAUGCUGAAAAUGAGUAUCAAGUGCAGGAAGCUCUAGAUAGGUUAAUGGAAGGGAGAACAGUCCUAAUUAUUGCCCACCGUCUGUCCACCAUUCAGAAUGCUGAUUCUAUUGCAGUUCUUGACCAGGGAAGAAUUAUUGAAUGUGGAAAACGCGAGGAACUUCUUGCAAAUCCAGAUGGACUUUUCAGGAAACUAAUGAAGAAACAAGCUUUCCUUCAGAACAGUGAAACCUUUUCAUUAAAUUUAAAAUCUCAAAAAAAGAAUGCUUUAACAGAAUAUUUAUGAAGUUAGUUAUAGGAGGUGGAAUCUACAAAGAAUAUAACUUAUGUUUCAAGGUAUAUAAAGUAAGUGCUGCAUUUUAUUCAAAGGGUAAAAUUAUCCUUUAGGAACUUAGAUGUGUUCUUUUUAUUCAGAAGUUUUAAAUAAUUGUAUCUUUUUAAAUGUCCACAGCACUGAGAUUUGUUUUCAAUAUAUAGACUUUUCUGCUUUGGAAUAUCUGAACUUGUACACUUUGGGAUCUUGGCUGUUUUAAUGCACUGUAUAGCAACAAACUGUUCUCAAGCAAGUUCAGGAUUUAGUGAAUGCAAAACUACACAUUCUGGUAACUUCACCACCAUCAUCUCUUACUUUUUGUACUGAUCACUACUUUGAUUUUUAGUGUCUGAAGCUAAAGAAUGUGAGACACCUAGUGGUAUCUGAAAACGUACUAUUCACGUCUCCUUUUUUUGUAAUGCUGCUUCCUUUCUUCCUCUUCCGCCCCAGCUUUUCUUCCAAAAUAGAACUGGAAAUUGAGUUAUGAUCAGUCUGCAACAACAUAAAGAAUUAUUUAUAGACAAAAAUUACUUGAAGCUUGGCACGAAGUACCAGUCCUUAAAACAUGAUUUUUACAGUUAAGACAAAGGGAGCUUAAUCAAUGUGAAAAGUAUUUUUAACAUAUACAAUUCAGAAAAAUCCUAUCUUCUAUGUUUUGCAAGUCCUCAGGCCACCUUUGUGUAAUGAAACUGAACUGGAAUAAAGAUUGCUGCAUUUUUUUUUUUUUUUUGUCACUUUACAAGGUACACUAAAGAAGCAAGCAAAAAUUUCUUCUUACAGGUUGGGGUUUGUUUUGUUUUUUUUUUUCCCCUUAAAAAUUAGGUUUUGUUGAGUCAUGAAAACCCGUGAGGGCAACCAGGGGAUUAGUCAAGUUUUGUGAUCUAAUUGUGAAGAUUAGUGAAGUGAAAUUUGGGAUCAGUUCCCCAAACCUGAAAGCCAAGCAACUAUGAUAAGAGGGAUAUGUAGUCGCCAUUUCACAUUUUCUUAACUCCCAUGACAGCCAAACCCUUGGGCAAAAAGAUACCUAUUUAGUAGUAGUAGUAGUUUAGUUAAUAGGUUUUGCUAAAACAGUACAAUAAAAUGAAAAAUAAAAUUUAUAUAAUUAUAGCAUUGAUAUAGUUUAUAAUUUAUGAUAUUUGCUAAUAGUAUACAUUAAGAUUAUCCAUUAAAACAGAACGUAGUAUAUGAUGAUAAUACAUAGAAGUAAAAAAGGGGAAGUCUCUCUGAUUUCUGGCCCUUAUUUGUGCAAGUAACGCAAAUAUACUUAGGGUAUAGAAGAAGCUCCAAUUUGUUAGAGAAGCCAAUUUUUUUUAUUUGGUGGCCCAGUAUUUAAAAUGUUCCAUGAAUAGAAAAAUCCAUUUUCCUUCUUAAAAAAACCCAAACAAGACCAUAAACAGUGAUUUAAGCAUCUAUCUAAUUUUUCCUACAGGGGCAUAUUCUGCCCAAAUAUGGCGUCUGACACCACUUGCCCAUGACAAGUGCAAAUCUGAAUGAAUCAGUCUAGUAAUGGCUUCCCACUGUUCGCAAUGUUGUACUGCAGAUAGGCAGGUUUCUAGGGCAUAGGCAUGCUUUUUAUCAGUCUCAAGAAGGGGAAGUUUGAGAGAGUCUCAUUGCGUCCAUAUCUAUCCGUCUGCUGGUAUCUUUACUAUUUAUAUUGUCUUGUUUUAAAUAGUGAUUCUCAGUACAUUUCCUGGGAUGUUUGUCUGGAGGAGAAUAUAGAUGUUAUUAUUUAACCAAAGAACAAACCAAACAAAGGUGUAUUUAGAAAAGUAGAGGCUUCUGAAAUGCACUUUGGGUAUCUGGUAGGUAUAAAAGAUCUAAUUUUCAUCUAAUAGUUUAGAAUUCUUAAUUGAACUAAGAUGCUCACAUGAACUAGUGUUCUCCCCCUCUCCAUCCUCCGAGCACCCUUGUAGAAUUCGGUAGAGAUAAAAGCUGUCUUAAAGUAGUUGGAGAACUAACACUGUCCCCUUCAAGUAAGAUGUGAGGACACAAAUGUUAGAGAGCUAUAGUAAAGCUGGGAAGAUGAGGCUUGAUGUUCUUUCUUUCUAAAUUAAAAAAGUUUAUAUUUGAAGAGGGUUUUUUCCUCUCUCUCUCUAUCUGUGCUUUGUGUAGGGGAUGAAAAUUCACAAGGUCAAAUAAGAACUUAUGUAUUUUGCAGGUCACCUGAGAUCUGUCUGUUCUGGGAAACGUACCUACUGCUAAAACCCACUGUCAGCAUACGGUAGAUUUUCAUAAUUAUCUCAGGCAGAAAUGUUAAAAUAUUGAUGCUUGAAUGGGGUACAGCAUUUUUGUGCAAGUGUUCAUUCCAGGAACAUCUUUGGAUGUGGACAUGAGGAAUACAGCAGACAAGUUGUUGUUGGGUUUUUUUUUUUGUUUUGUUUUGUUUUUGUCAAUGGAUGUUCAACAUCCUUGAAUUUCAGAGAGAAUUACUGAAAGCCUUAAGUGGCUUAUUUUCUAAUUUAAUAAUUAAGCCAUUGUAUGGAACUUAAAAGGAAUACUAAAAAUAUUUCUAGAUGUUCAUUAAUAUCUAUUAAUCUAGGCCAGGGUUUUCAACCUUUUUUUUGGUUGGUGAACCCUGACAGCCAGUCGGGGGCUGCGGGGGUGGGGUCCUGCGCACCCACCCGCACAGUGGCAAAACCAGAAGUGCCAGCGGCGCACAGUGGCAAAACCGGAAGCAUCGGCAGCACGGAAACAAAAGCGGCCCAACCCCUGCUUCUCUGGGUCAAUGCUGCAUACCUCCUGGGACCUUCCCAAGUACCCCCAGGUUGACAACCCCUGAUCUAGGCUUUAGAUUUUCUCCUUUCCAUUCUUAAUUGUAAACAACAAUUGUGCCAAAAGAUGAUACCAAAUCUACAAGACAAAAAUGUACCUUAGCAGUACUUUUGAAACUUCAGUGCUACCUACUAAUUAUUUUCUCUACAUACCCCUUUCUCAAUGAUGGGCUAGACCUGGAAAACCAUUACUCAUAUGGAUAAUUAUUCAUCAGGGGCUCAUCCAGCACUUCAUUUAUGUUCAUAGCUUAAGCAGUCAAGCUAAAGAUUUUUUUUUUUUUUUGUCAAGGAAAUGAAUGUAAUGAACACUGCUUUUUCACUGGUGGUUGUUUUAUAAACAGACACUUCAGCUUUGAUUCAGGAGGCGGCCAGUGGCUCUGUCAUGACAGGCACAGUAGCAACGUGAGUUUAUAGCAGGCCCUUGUUCAGGAUGGAACCGAGGGAAACAUUCAUGGGGGCAAACCAGAAAUGUGAUGGACAAGGGAAUUUUUCAGAAAUAUCUAAUUGAUCUUUUAGUAAGACUCGGUGGCAUUUGAAUUCUUAUAUCCUUUAGGCACACUUGAAAAAUGUACUCAGUUGGAAAUGAACGGUCUAUCACAGCACUUAUGUUCCACUGCAGGGAGCUGUGCUGGGCACUGUGGAUAGCUGCAUAACCUACAGACCCUACAACUCGUGUAGGUACUGCUGUAUUUGGGUCUGGCUUACUGCAUACAUCCAAAAUAGAUCUAUUCUGUACAGAUGCACCCUUUACUGCAGUUAUAUACAGUUCUAGCUCUGAGGCUGGUAGGAAGACUUUAGUUCUUCUACGAAGGAAACCGUUAAAUAUACAGUAUGUCUUUAAAAACACGUGAAGUAUUGCUCUCUCUAGUUCAAAAGGGAAUCUUUUGAAUGGUUACCCAUAUAAAGACUAAUUCUAGUAAAUUGUUAAUGUAUGUCUCUGCCAAACUUGAUAGUGUAAGAGUGAUGUUGUAGCCAUGAUGGUCCAGGAAUUAUGCAAAGAGAAAACGUCUUAGGGUGCUGUCUUUUUAUUGGACAGAGUAGGACCAACAAAAGAUCUCGCCUUAAGACAUCCUUGCCACUGACAAUCUUGAUAGACUUGUUUUACCAAGGACCAUUUGGUUUCAUGCAGCCUUUGAGUCCACUGCAGUGUGAUGAAGGAAAGGAAACGAAGCAAAAACCAAUGUAAUGGGGGUACAGAACAGUGUAUUGCAACUCCUACUGUUAAAAUGAACUUGUUUGUUUAUAUUAACUGACUGUAUUUUUUCAGCAUUGCUUUCCUGGUUGUAUUUUUUUUUUUUUUUUAGUAACUUUUUUAUUAUGGAAUAAAAUUUUAUAAAUAACAUUUAUUUUACCUGUCAUCUCAUGUUGGAACUGUCCUGUUUUCACAAUGUGAUGGGAAUUUUUAGAGGUGUGUUUAAAAAAAAAAAAAAAAAAAAAGUUUCCUAUUCUGCAUUUUUGGAAUUAAUGACCCUAGUGCCUAUGUCGUAUUCUUCUUCAGCACCUGAAACUCAAUGUGUACUGAUCACUGUAUACAGAAAAAGAGGUGUAACUUGUAAAUAGUUCUCUUCAGGUCUUUUUUCAAGUGUAAGCACCUUAAGCUCGGGAUUCUUUUUAACGAGCCUCUCCUUUGCCGUCUUCUGAUAGCUCUUUAAGGUACCAUAGUGAGAACAGGCUCUUCUAGAAACAGGAAAGAAAGGAUUGUAUCAUAUGGUCCUAAAGCUCACCUGUGCUAAAGCAGACUUAUUCCAAAGGCAAAACUUGUUCAGAAAUAGUCUCAUAGAUGCAAGGGGUACAAUUAAUCUCUAAUAAGGAUAAUUUAAACAGGAUCCAUGUGAGAAACUCAGGAUGUGAAAAUGAAAUUUGGCUCAGAUCUCCCCUCUGCCUAAUACCAUUUUAAGAAGGGAUUUCUGUUAACCCUCCUGCAGAACACCAUGGGAGGUUGGGUACCCCUCUUACAUGGCAUGUUCUUUGUCCCUGGGUUUUCUCUGCAUUAUUAUCAGCAUCUCUUGUAUAGAACAGAAGUAAAUGGGAUUUUCCAGUGCAGUUGUGAGCCCCGUUGAGCUUGUAAGCUCUUUGAGGUUGGAAUUGUCAUCUUAUUAGAUGUUUUAAGAACAAUCACAAUGGCACCCUAACCUAGUCAAAACCUGUAUGCACUACUUUUAAUCCUGAUGGAUGUUUUUAUGACUGCCUGGCGGCCAGGGCUUAUUACUAGGGACCUACCUAAUUCAUGGAGGCUGCCUCUGUAUUUCAUGGUCUUGGCAUGGCAUCAGGUGCCAUUUUCACAGCAGUGUGACAGGCCCUGCCACACCUCCAGUCAAGGGACCCCAGAAGUCCUGCCUCUUCUCCAAAAUUGACAGAUGGCCACCUGUCAAUUUCCAGGGAGAGGUGGGACUUCCGGGGGAGCCCUCUGUCAAUAUUCCCCUCUCUCCCUUGUUCCCUCCCUACCCUGCCACCAACGCUGUGCUCCAAAACGCCAGGGUUUCCUGCCCUUUUCUGUUUGCAGCCUGGGCACAGGCAUGGGGAGCAGAACAGCAAGGGCUGGCACUGCUCAGAGCCACAAAGCAGUAGGUGGGACAGCUGCAGCUGGACUC